UUCCCGAGAAAGGUAGAAGAAAAAGAACAAGGCGUCUUUGUCUUCUCUGUUCCUUCCUUCCUUCUUUAGAAAAGCAACGCUUCUCUUCUUCCUUUACCUUUGUGUGUCUUCCACAGCUUAAGCAAGGAUUUGAGAGAAGCACGGAGCGAAAGCGAGCAAUGGAGCCCUUCGCCUCCGCUCCUGCCGCUCCUGCCUCUUCGGUCGGCCUCGUCUCCCAUCUCUUAUCCACCAUCUUACUACAUUCAGACGGCGUCGCGAUCCAGCGCGCCAUAGAGUUCCUCCCUCGCCACCGGACCGAUGCGCUAUCGGUCUCGAUCGGGGACGCCUGGCGGGAGGUGCGGUCGUGGGCGCUCGCGCCGGUUCUGCGGGUUGCGAUCGUCGUUUGCUUGGUGAUGUCGUUGAUGCUGCUGGUCGAGGUGGUCUCUAUGGCCGUCGUCAGCCUCGCGAUCAAGAUCCUACGCCGCCGGCCAGAGUCGCGCUACUGCUGGGAGCCGAUCAAUGCCGGGGAUGAUCCGGAGUCCGGUAAUCUGGCUUUUCCGAUGGUGCUCGUUCAGAUUCCGAUGUACAACGAGAGAGAGGUAUACAAGCUGUCGAUUGGGGCCGCUUGCACUCUAUCCUGGCCGUCCGAUCGGAUCAUAAUCCAAAUUCUGGAUGAUUCCACGGAUCCAACGGUCAAGGGCCUGGUGGAAAUUGAAUGCAGGCAUUGGGCAAGCAAAGGCAUUAAUAUACACUAUGAAGUUAGGAAUAACAGGAAAGGGUACAAAGCUGGUGCAUUGAAACUGGGAAUGGAACAUAGCUAUGCCAAAGAAUGUGAAUUCGUUGCCAUUUUUGAUUCUGAUUUCCAACCAGAAGCUAAUUUUCUCAAAAAAACCAUUCCUUUUCUUGUUCAUAAUCCAAGGAUCGCACUUGUUCAAACACGAUGGCAAUUUGUGAACUUCAGUGAUUGCCUCAUGACAAGGAUACAAAAGAUGACAUUGGAUUACCACUUUAAAGUGGAGCAAGAAGUAGGUUCAUCCACCUUUGCUUUUUUUGGCUUCAAUGGGACUGCUGGUGUGUGGCGUAUAUCUGCAAUUAAUGAAGUUGGAGGCUGGAAGGAUAGAACCACUGUUGAGGAUAUGGACUUGGCUGUACGAGCAACUCUCAAAGGCUGGAAACUUUUAUAUGUGGGUGAUGUAAAGGUUAAAAGUGAAUUGCCCAGUACUUUCAAGGCAUACCGGCGCCAGCAGCAUCGUUGGACUUGUGGAGCUGCACACUUGUUCCGGAAAAUGGGCAUUGAAAUAUUGAAGGCCAAGGAAGUAUCAAUAUGGAAGAAAUUCCAUCUAACCUACAGUUUUUUCUUUGUAAGGAAGAUUGUAGCCCAUUUAGUCACAUUCUUUCUAUAUUGUGUCGUGAUCCCAACAUCUGUUUUGGUUCCUGAAGUCACCAUUCCAGCAUGGGGAGUAGUGUAUAUUCCUUCUACAAUUACCAUUUUGAACGCCACAAGAAAUCCUAGUUCCCUACAUCUUAUGCCAUUUUGGAUCUUGUUUGAGAAUGUCAUGGCCAUGCACCGGAUGAAAGCAACUAUAAUUGGUCUAUUGGAGGCUGGUACUUUUGACGAAUGGAUCGUCACAGAUAAGCUGGGAGAUACCCUCCAGGAUAAAAUUAGAAUCCCAUUACUAGAACAGGCUUCGACCAGUCUAAGGGACAGAUUGAACUUUCCAGAACUUGGGUUUGCUGCAUUCCUCUUUCUUUGUGCCUGCUACAAUCUUGCCUAUGAUCAAAACUACUACUAUGUUUAUAUCUAUGUUCAAGCUGUUGCAUUCUUGGUUGUUGGCUGUGGCUAUGUAGGAACCUUUAUCACAAACCCGUAGCUAUGCUGAUGCAGUUUUUUAUAUCUGGACAAAACUUUUUGAGGAUUACUGACUGGAAACCAUUUAUCCAGUCAUGAUUAACAUUGUUUAUGGAAGAAGCUCAGGAGAAUGUCUACCACUACAUAAUGACUUUGUACGAGAGGCAAAGUUUUUGGAAGCUUCAUUGUUUCAAUUUUGUUCAACAAUUGAAUUGCUCUGAUUCCUGUGAGUCAUAAGUUUCUGUUGUCGGGAUUAAACAGCAGAAAUUGUUUAGACACAUCAAACUUCAGCCGUUUGCUUGAAAAAAAAAACUUUUUAACUGAUUGCGUUAUGUUCCUUUUACUGCCUUGAAACAUUUUUAACAAUUUGUUCUGGUA